UCCAGUAAAGCUCUCCCUCCUUCAGGGAUUCCGCAUUCCACAAGUUAUUUUCUUGUUGGGAUUCUUCACGGUGAACUGUUCAGGUCGGAACCAGGGACGGUUCGGUGGGACUGCAGUUCGGAGCCUCUCCGUCGAGUAACAUGGCCUCUGAAAGGGAAGACUCAGCAGAUGAAGCCAGGUGGUAUCGUCUUUUCACCUGGUUUGAUAUUGAAAUUGCUGCGGUGGUGACCAUCCUUCUGGGGCUUUUCCAGCUUCUGCUCUCUGCCUCGCUCAUUCAGACUGAUAAAUUUCUGCCCAAGUUCUUCUUCAUACUACCUUUUGUGUUAGGAAUAGUCAUUGUAGCCGGGGGAUCCUUUACAAUAUCCAGCAAGAAGAACCCAAGCAAACUACUGCUCCGUGGCUGUGCUUGGAGUAAUGUGCUUGGUCUACUGGGGUCACUGUUGGCCUUCUGCAUUUAUAGCUACAUCCUCAAAACUCAAAAAAAUAUGGAGCCAUGUUUGUCUGACUACUACGACUUACCCUGGGAUCCAUCAUUGUCCCACUUAUGUCCUCCGGAGGCGCUAGCGGCCUACAUCUGGAGCUUAACACUUCAAAUGUUGCUCUAUGAUACUGCAGCUGUAGUUAUGCAUUUUCUCUUGUCUGUUUGUGCCUUCAAAACACUUAAAAAAGACUAACAUACAAACUUAAUAUACCUUUUAAUCAGAUAUAGUAAUGAAACUGAAUAUUAACCCUGCAGAGUAUUGUUUUAGCAGAUUUUAGGACUGUUGUGCCUUAUGACAUAUGCAUUUCUUUCAUAUAACAUGUGUCCUGAUAUUAUAUACAACAAAUAAUGAUUUUAUGUAUUUUGUGUUUUUUGUAACUUUGUAAUGAAAAAUAAAUUAUGUUCUCAGUCACUGUCA